AUGUGGAUCUCAUCUUUAGAACUUGCCACCAUAUAUAUGUCAUGUGUCCCGUUGUAUAUGACACGUCUCUCCUGGAAUGUCCCCACCCCAGAUGGAGGCCUCUACACAGCCACUAGGUACGAAUUCUGGAGCAUUCCCGACAUCCGCCGGAGCCAACACCCACACUCCCUGAGAACCAAGGAGACACCAAUGCACUGGCUCAAUGAUGCUGAGUUUGUGUUCUCUGUCCUCGUGCGGGAGAGCAAGGCCAGUGCAGUGGGUGACGAUGACAAGGUUUAUUACUUCUUCACGGAGCGUGCCACCGAGGAGGGCUCUGGCAGCUUCCCUCAGAGCCGCAGCAGCCACCGUGUGGCCCGUGUGGCUCGCGUCUGCAAGGGAGACCUGGGAGGGAAGAAGAUCCUGUAGAAAAAGUGGACAUCCUUCCUGAAAGCCCGUCUCAUCUGCCAUAUUCCACUGUAUGAGACGCUGCGUGGGGUCUGCAGUCUGGAUGCUGAUACCUCAAGCCGU